AUGAAAACGUUCGUUUCUAGUCUCCUGAUGACUUCAAGAAACUGGGCCAUUACGCGUGCUGCACAAUGCCCAUAUACCUUGACUUGCUAUAGGCUGGCCGGGAUGAAAGCCACCGAUAGCCUUGAGAUCAAAUUUCAAGAGAAGCAAAUCCUUGGUCUCCGGAAUCAAACUGCUCGUUACUCGUCACGUCGUAACUUAGCGAGGUACGCAAGAAAUUCGGGAUCACUGUGGAAGCGAAAUAUCCAUGUCAUUCCC